AGACCGCCGCGCGCGCGGGAGACUUCGGCACCGGACGGAAACGUAGUUCUUCCCAACAUGCACUGCAAAGACAGACCCCGCCCAUCAGCAACUUCCAGAUCCGGAGGAGCGAAUGUGGGGUUCAUGAACUACAAUUCCCGACAUCAUUACUGAUGAUGAGAGAAGUCUAAUGAAAGCUAUUAAAGUCGAAUGAGUAGAAAUCCCUGUUUGCUAGUAAUUGUCUCCGUGUGUGUUUUAAUAGAACUACCAUUCUCAAGAUGCACAUAGUUAAACCCAGACAAUAGGAAUGAGCUUAAAACUACAAUUCCCAGCAUGCUCCAAAUUGAGUUUCAAGGACUGCGUUUCCCAGCAUGCAACUGAACUUUGAAUUUCAGGAUUUGAAUUUCACCACUGAGAGAUAAAGGCUUUCACCGCUGGCCUUGUUAUCUUCUUUUCUUUUGGGGAGGAAGAGAGGAAGUGGCAAGAUGUUACGGUGUAGCCACCAGCUCCUACUACAAUCAACCUUCACUAUCAUAAUGAUGCUCACUCUCUUCCAUGUGGGUAUAACCAAAGGCCAGCACCACCGGAGAGAGCCUCGGCGAGAGAAAAAUGUGCAGCCUGACUUUCUGUCCCAAGUUACUCAUGCCAUGAGGGAAGCAUUGGAAGACUUGAUUGGACCAGAGUAUUUUUUGAUAUUGAAUGAGAAUGUCUCUUCCCUGUUCUGGGUAUUAUCCUCUGGGAUCUCUGCAGGUUUAUUUGCUGUGGCUCGAAUUGCAGGGCAGUUCCUUACUUCUUUUGGGAUUGAUGCGGAUCAUGCAACUCAGUUCCUGAAGCUGAGCCCCUACCAGGUGCAGACAGUGCUUCUCUGGGGCCUUGCUGCUCUGAUUGGCUACUGGGUGCUGUCACUGCUGCUGAAUCUGAUGCUCGCCAUCUUGAGCCGUGUCAUGUGGGGCCUCAAGGUGCUCAUCUUCAUGUCCUGCUUCAUGUUCAUUGUCUCUAUGGAGCAUGAUCGUUCUGUGCAAGUUUCCCUUCUUCUGGCCCUGCUCAUGCUCUAUGCCUUGCUGGGCCGCCUGAGUGGAUCGCACAGCUCUGGGGCACGGCUGGAAGCCAAAGUGCGCAGCUUAGAGCGCCAAGUGGAUGAACUGCAACGCAGGCAAAGGCGGUCAUCUCCUAAACAUCUGGAUGAAGAAUGAAGCUUACGGGAAGCUUUAAUGUCCACAUACCUUCUUUAAGAAACCACUUCUUUCCUUUCUACGUGUAUUCAAUGACUGCUUCCUAGACAUAGACAUGCUCAUGUUUUUCGUCACCCACAAGUGUGCAGGAACAUGUGACUCCUGAAGGAAAUUUCUGUCCAGGGAAAUGAAUGCACCUGAGAUUAUAAUACCUCUUCCUACUUGUCCUCUGUAGACCUGUUAUUCAGCGUACACUCUUUCCCUCUCUGUCCUUGUCUUCUCUGCCUUGUUUCAAUCAUACCUCCUAGUCUUACCACACCACCUACCUACCUUAUUUUUCAACUGAUUAUUGGCAGACCAUUUUGCUUCUUUAUGGAUGGAAGUCCUGAUGUUGGAGUGAGAGUGCUAUUCGCUCUCAAAAAAUUGUAUGUUUACUUCCUCCUCUAAACCUGAAUGCUAAGACAAGAAUGGGGGGGUUGUGCAGUAUAACCUGAGGGUCUAGAUGUGUCUCAGUUGGAAUAUCUUAACAGCAACGCUUCCUGUGCCAAGUGCCUUCCUAAAGCAAAAGAGAAAAUUGGAAUGUUACACAAAGGGGUGGGUGGACAUGUUUACUGAACUUUAUAAAGCUCUCAGCUCAUUGCAAGCCAAAGGUAUCUGAUGACUCCAAGGCUAGAUUAAGUUUCCUCGUGGACUCUAGUUCUGCUUAAUGUUUAUGUGCCUUUUCUGGUUGGAAAUAAGCCAUAGAUGAGAGCCUAAGUGAAUGUACAAAACUCAUCCCUCCAGACGAAGUUUACUGUGUGCCACUAGGAAACUUAUAUUCUGAAGACUCUGGUACCCUUGCUGACUGUUUUUGCGGUAUUGUACGAUGGUAUUAAACAUCCGUUGCCACUGAAUUUUAUAAAAAUCUGCCAAUUUUAAACAUGGAUUAUUUUGUUAACACAUUCUUCCAAAUAAAGACUAUUUAAUUA